UGUGCAAAUGAAAACGACAAAGUUCACAGCAGCAAUCGCAAAACACACGACAACACCUUUCAAUUUCAAUUGAACGUACACCCAUUUUGUCUUUUCAUUUAAAUCAAUCACAAUCAUUCCCUUGCUUAACCACAUAAAGCUCUUGCCUCUCUCUCCCUCCCUCCUCCGUAACAAUGCAAUUCCAAAGUUAACAAAAAAAAUAAAAAAUUAAAGUUUUAUACAUAAAAAAGGAAAAGACAUGCCUAAGAAUCUUCAGUCCUCUUCUUCACCUUCCUUUCAAAUCAUCUUUUCCUUUCGCAAGGAUUUUUAAAGGUAUGGAGUGUUUUGACAUCUGGAAAAGAUCAUGGUGCAGUGCCUAGACGGAUUAAAGCAUUUGUGUGCUGCUGUGGCGAACUGUUGUGAUGCUGACAAGCAACCCAGGGACCUGGAAGAUCCAGAAGCUCUUGCAAGGGAAACAGUGUUCAGUGUGAGUGAAAUAGAAGCCCUGUAUGAGCUGUUUAAGAAGAUCAGCAGUGCGGUGAUUGAUGAUGGACUGAUCAACAAGGAAGAAUUUCAGCUGGCAUUAUUCAAGACCAAUAAAAAGGAGAGUUUAUUUGCAGAUCGGGUAUUUGACUUGUUUGACACCAAACACAAUGGGAUACUAGAUUUUGAAGAGUUUGCACGUGCUCUCUCCGUGUUUCACCCCAAUGCACCUAUUGAUGAUAAGAUUGAAUUUUCAUUCCAACUGUAUGAUCUCAAGCAGCAGGGUUUCAUUGAGAGACAGGAGGUGAAGCAAAUGGUGGUGGUUACACUUGCUGAAUCUGGUAUGAAUCUUUCAGAUGAUAUAAUAGAGAGCAUCAUUGAUAAGACCUUUGAAGAAGCUGAUACUAAGCACGAUGGAAAAAUUGACAAGGAAGAAUGGCGAAACCUUGUUCUACGACAUCCUUCUCUUUUGAAGAAUAUGACUCUGCAAUAUCUUAGAGACAUCACCACCACUUUCCCAAGUUUUGUCUUUCACUCACAAGUGGAUGACACCUGAGUAUUAUUGGAUGGAUGAAUAUCAAGUUGAAGAUUCUUUAUCAGAAGUGGAGCUCUUCCUUUCUUUUUUCCUUUUAUAAUAGAAAAGAUGAAUAUGGGCUUUUUGUGCAGAAGUGCACAAUUAGGGAGGAUGUUGCCUUCUGUUUGGAUUUCCAGUAACUUGAACGUUCUCUCUCUCUUUUGCAUAGAUGAGGCUACUUGAUUUGGAUGACUUUGUUGCAGCAGUCAAGUUCAAUUUUUUAUUUAAAAAAAAUGUUGCCGCAGUCUGCUCCUUUUUCUUUCAAUACUUUCUGAGAAAGAGAAUUUUUCAUUGGCA